AUGUGUAUGUGCGCAUGCGCGGUACGAGCUCCAGUGAUGGCGGCUGCUCGUGUGAUCCAGAGUCGCUGAGAAAGUUCCAGAUUAAACCUCAUCAGUGUUUAUUAGCGGUGUGAUGGAGCUCUACUCAGAGUAACUACACCCUUAUACACCAUCAUACACCAUCAUACACCAGCUCUGAUUCACGAUGGCAGAAGGAAACAGACGUCAACCUCAGAAUUUGCAGGGAGUCCUGCGAUUGGCUGUUGAAGCUGGCUCCGCCUCCGAUGGCUCCGCCCCAAACGAGCCCAUGUCUCAGGAGAGGAUCCAGUUCCUGCGGGGAGCCCUGUCCGAGGUGUGUAAGGGUCAGCUGGACGAGGUGGAGCAGAUGAAGCGGUGUGUGUCAGUGCUGAUGCAGGACGAGGGAGAAGGAAGAGAGGACGAAGAGGACGAGGACGAGAAAGAGGCGGCGCUGGAGAUGCUGUGUGACCUGUGUGACAACCUGGACAACGCAAGAGACCUGAUGAAGCUGGGUGGGCUGGAUGUGUGUGUGUCUCGGUGUGUGUGUCACACUGAGGCAGGGUUGCGGUGGCGAGCGGCUGAGCUGUUGGCCUGCUGCGCUCAGAACAUGCCCGAGGUGCAGCUGUACUUGCUCCAGCAGGGGGCGCUACACACACUGCUGCAGCUCACUGACCACGACCCACAUCCCACUGUGCGCGUCAAAGCACUCUACGCCGUGUCCUGCCUUGUGCGGGAACAGGAAGUGGGCCUGCGUGACUUCCUGUCACAUGACGGAUUCUCCGUGCUGAUGAGGGGGAUGCAGUCGGACUGCGAGAAACUGCGCACCAAAUCAGCCUUCCUGCUGCUCAACCUGCUGACCAGCCACCCCGAGCACAGAGAUACAGUGCUGUGUAUGGGGAUGGUACAGCAGUUAGUAGCAGUGCUGCGAUCUCCGCACUCCUCUGUACAUGAACACGUACUUGGCGUCCUCUGCUGUCUGGUAGAGGACAGUGAGCGGGGUGUGUGUGACUGUAAAGAACCCUCUCUAGGUCUGGAGGAGCUGCUGAACCAGAGGAUACAGGAGCUGCAGGGUCGAGAGGAGAGCCAGGAGGAGGUGGAGUUUUGUGAGCGAUUGCGAGCGGCUUGUUUCCGAGCUCAGCCUCAGGAGGAUAACGCAAUGGAUCGCUGAGUUCCUAUUGGUCGACAUCGGUCACUGCCGUGCAGCGAUUGGCCAGGGUGAAGGACGUCAUGUAUUUUUUUUUUUUUCCCGCCCUGACAGAAAAGAGACUGAGAAAAGACAAGAUCUUGCUUAAUUUAAAACACACACACAUACACAUACACACACACACUUGGAACAUAUUGGAUUUCUUACAAAGUUUGUGUUUUUUGAGAUCUGUUUAUGGACACAAAGUACAUAAAUUUUUGUAGCCACAGUAUUGAGCAGAGUGUGCAAAUUGUACAUUAAAUCCAUGCUGUUUUUCCCAUUUACACACACACACACACACCGUACACACACACACACACACACACACACACACAGUGCACACUGUAAAUCCAGGAAGUGAGUUCAAAUGCUUAAUGAGUGACUAGUUUUGCACACACAUCAUGGUGUUUUUAUUAUUCCUGUUCUCACAUAUUCCACAUGCCUUAUCAUGUGUCUCCUGUCUGAUUGGAUUCAGGUAAAGAUAUUAAUCACAUGAGUAACUGGUUGCUGCACUGAAAUCUGAUCGCUCUUAUCACAUGACAUCUCCAACUGCAUCUAACUGGCCAGGUCACUUUAUUUAUGCAUCGCGUGCUGUACGAUAACCUCAUGUAAACUCCAAACCACAAUGCAAUAAAGUAGAAAGAAAAUGAAAUGAAAACAACAAAGAGCGAUCAAAGACAGGACAAAAAAAAAACAGAA